GAGUUGUCAGAAGAGCAGCAGCUGUCGCUCCGUUGCGAGAGAGAGUCUGGUCUGGUUUCUGAUGUCUGUAGUUGAAAUUUAAGGGUGAAUUAUUUGCAAUUAGCAGCAGCAGGAGUACGACCAGGACAGACGACACCGUCAGCAGCAGCAGUAUUAGCAGGGUCAAUCAAAGCGAAACAAUUAAAAUCUCCGUCGAUGAUAACGUAGCACCUAAUUAAGCUAGAAGGCCACAACACUGCAAACUCCACUUUAAAAGUGUCCAGAUUGGACGAAAGAAAUCGAUAAUUGAGGACGACUGCAGCAGAUCGAUCGAUUUUAGUCCCCUUUACACGUCCCCAUUACACGUCCGCAUAACUCUAGCUAGGAUAAACAAAGAUGGUCAAGCUGUACGCGCUGAGUGUCUUCUACAAGGCUCCGAAUGAGGCACGGCUGCUCAAGUCCGCGUACGACCUGCAGAGCUUCUCGUUCUUCCAGCGUGGUUCCGUGCAGGAGUUUAUUAGCUUCGCCAGCAAAACCCUGAUCGAGCGCACGCAAGCGGCGACCCGCCAGUCGGUCAAGCAGGACGUCUACAUGUGCCACGUGUACGUCCGGGCGGACAACCUCGGGGCGGUUCUCAUCUCCGACCACGAGUACCCGCACCGGGUUUCGCACACCCUGCUCACCAAAGUGCUGGACGACUUUAGCGCCAAGAUCAGUCCCGACCAGUGGCCGGCAGGAUCGGAGUCGUCGAUCGAUUUCUCCACGCUCGCGGCCUUCCUCAGCAAGUACCAGGACCCGCGGGAAGCGGACGCCCUCACCCGGAUGCAGGAAGAUCUGGACGAGACGAAAAUCAUCCUGCGAAACACGAUCGAAGCGGUGCUGGAGCGGGGCGAAAAGCUGGACGAUCUGGUGUACAAGUCCGAGUCGCUGUCGAUACAGAGCAAGGCGUUCUACAAAACGGCCAAGAAGACCAAUUCGUGCUGCAACUUUGGCUAGGGGAGGAGCCAGUUCACUCACGCUGGAUCGGAAUUUACCAACCCACCAAAUGUGCUGAAUGGGCUUCGUUUCGUUUCGUUCGCGGCGUUGGGACCGGCCGAGAUCUGUGCGCGUGUUUCAAAAUUAUUGUCGUUAGGUUCGGUAAGUACACCCUUAUUCGCUGUUAGGAACUCAUUUUACACCAAGUUAUUAUUAAACGCUUAGUUUUACCUCCCGUCACUAAGUUACGCACUUGUAAGAAAAAUGCAUGGACGUCACAAGCUAGCUUGUUUUAAAUGAAUAAAAAAAAUAAUUGGCAUUGAAUCGUGAUGGUUGAACGGGCUAAACUGCAAAAUAUAAGAUGUUUUACGCUAAUAAAAAAAGACGCUGAACGAAACAGAUAUUCCAACCAAUUAACGUGAAACCGUGUGUGGUUAUAAGUGUGCGGCGCAACAAAGAUACAAUAAAACAUUACAUAUUACAACACAGAGUUACUGCAUACGCGAUGAAUAUACAC